AUGGACACCUAUCACGGCCACGUGCGGACGCCUGCAGAUGCGAUCAAGCUCUUCGAAGCUUGCCGUCUAGGUCUGCUACCUCGAGUCCAGCGAAGAUUAUCCGAGAAGGAGAGACAAUCAAUAAAGUCAGGAUCCGUCUUUGUCUGGGAUGAGCGGGAAGCAGGAAUGCGGAGAUGGACGGAUGGGAAGUCAUGGAGUGCAAGCAGAGUUUCUGGCAGUUUUUUGACAUACCGAGAGAUGGAGGGCAAGAGAGGCGGAGGCCAAUUCGUGCCGCCGCCAGCACGAAGAAUUGGAGGAAAGACACCGGACAGUGGCAGAGGAAGUGAUGAAGAUCAAGAUAUGGAUGGCGAUGGACCGGACGGAUACAGAUACAAGCCUGACGGAUUGAUGAAGCAAUCUUUCAGCAUCACCACCUCGACUGGCCAACACCUCCAUCUUAUCAGCUACUACUCUCGACCGCACGCUGGUGCUCCUGAGUUGAUGCAGCCAACCACAGAUCCAUCUCUUCGACAUAUUGUUCCCGUAAAGGGCAUGUACCCAGAGUCAACUGUCCAUGAGGCUCAAGGACCACCUGUUACUCGAGCACCAAUGCAACAAGCUCCAUAUAUGCAAUCACCUCAACAACACAUGCAACCAUCACCAUACCAGCAACGAGGUCCUCCACCACACCCAUAUGCAGUAGCUCAAAACUACAACUGGCCACCGUCUCCAAUCUCGACACCACCAUUCCCUCCUCAUUCCGGCUCGAUGUACAAUUCUGCCCCUCACCCAGGAUCGCAACAUAAUUCGCCUUACCAACAACACAGCCCCUAUAUCCCCAAUGGAAUGCCACCGACUUCUAUGGGUCAACAUCCCCCACAAACGGUCUUCGACCGACCACCACCCCCUCUCGCUGAUUCGUCUCUUCCCCCACCACCGCCUCCACCGCAACACCGAGGAAUGAGCACCGCAACAGCACAAAAUAUCAUGCCGCACUACGCCCCCAACCCAACUCAAAUCGCCCAACGAGCCUUGCAAAGCGCAGCACCACCAAUGCUCGAUCCCCGCCUCACUGCCCAAAACCUGCCACCGGUCCAAGUCAACGGCACCCCACGGACCUCCACACCACCGGGUACCAAGCCUCAAGACCAAGCCAAUACUCCCUCUUCAAACGGUCGAGCCUCGCCCAACGGCACGCCCAACGGCAACAGCACAUCGCAAGCCCAGAGCAUACCCAGCAUCUCAAGCCUAGUGCAUGCUACAGACUCGGUCUCGGUGAUGUCGGACAAUAAGAGCAAUUCCAGCAGGGCGGGCAGCAGGAGUCCGAAGGAGGAUAAUCAGCGACCGAAGGAUAUCCCACACGAGAAGCUGAAUAUUCUUGGCGAGGAUCAGAGGGCGAUUAGGGUGCUUGAUCGAAAGUUCAUGAUCUGA